AUGAGGCUGAAGGAGAUCCAGAGGACGGCUCACCAGGCCUGGAGCCCCCCCAGCCAUCACCCCAUCCACCUGGCUCUGGGAACAUCUGCACAACAGCUGGACGCCUCCUUCAACACCAGUGCUGCUUUAGAGAUCUUUGAGCUGGACUUUUCUGACCCAUGUCUGGACAUGCAGCUCAAAGGCUCUCUGCCCAUCACCAACAGGUUGCACAGUCUGGUGUGGGUGAACUAUGGGAUGGCGGCAGACGGCAGCGGGGGGAGACUCGUGGCCGGAGCAGAGAACGGAACAGUGACGGUCUAUAAACCAGAGGCCAUCAUCACCUCUGACCCUGAGGCCGAGGUGGGAGUGUCCGACAAGCACACAGGGCCUGUCCGAGCCCUGGACUUCAACCCGUUCCAGAAUAAUCUCCUUGCAUCUGGCGCAAACGAUUCCGAAAUCUACAUUUGGGACUUGAACAGUUUCAGCACCCCCAUGACGCCCGGAGCCAAGACACAGCCGGCGGAGGAUGUGAGUGUGGUGUCGUGGAACAGACAGGUGCAGCACAUCCUGGCGUCAGCGAGUCCCAGCGGGAAAGCUGUGGUGUGGGACCUGAGGAAAAACGAGCCCAUCAUCAAGAUCAGUGACCAUAGCAACCGGAUGCACUGCUCUGGGAUGCUCUGGCACCCUGACGUUGCCACUCAGCUGGUUCUGGCCUCAGAGGACGACAGGCUCCCGGUCAUUCAGAUGUGGGAUCUGAGAUUCGCCACUUCGCCUCUCAAAGUGCUGGAAAACCACACGCGUGGAAUCCUGUCGAUAUCCUGGAGCCAGGCAGAUCCUGAGCUUCUCCUCAGCAGCGCCAAAGACAAUCGCAUCCUCUGCUGGAACCCAAACACUGGAGAGGUGAUCUAUGAGCUGCCGACCACAAACCAGUGGUGCUUCGAUGUGCAGUGGUGUCCUCGGAACCCGGCUCUUCUGUCCACCGCGUCCUUCGAUGGCAGCAUCUCUGUGUACUCUGUGAUGGGUGGCUGCCUGGCCCCGCAGCAGCGCAGCACCGUGGACAAGAUCUCAUCAUCCUUUGACUCCAUGGAUCCCUUUGGCACCGGACAGGCCCUUCCCCCGCUGCAGGUGCCUCAGCCUCAGCCCCAGGCCACCAUCAUCCCUCCCCUCAAGAAACCUCCCAAGUGGAUCCGCCGACCUGUGGGCGCCUCGUUCGGGUUUGGGGGUAAGCUGGUGACCUUUGAGUGCCUGAAGCCUCCUCCUGGUCAGACCUCUCAGUCCGGUCACAGGCAGGUCCACCUGAGCCAGGUGACCACAGAGACCGAGUUCCUGAGUCGGUCCAGAGAGCUGCAGACGGCUCUUCAGACUGGAGCCUUCAACACUUACUGCCAGAGCAAGAUCCAGACGGCUCAGAGCGACACCGAGCAGGACAUCUGGAAGUUUCUACUGGUUAACUUUGAAGACGAAGCUCGUAUCAAGUUCCUGAGGCUCCUGGGAUUCAGCAAAGACGAUUUGGAUAUAAAGAUUUCCAAAUGUUUGGGGACGAGUUACCAUGCCAACGGACACGGAGUUGACGCCAAAGACCUGGCCGAGAAGAUGAUGCUGCUCUCCACAGAGAGAUCGGAGGAGGCAGACGCAGCUCAGACUUCUAGCUCUCAGUCUCCUGCAGAUUUCUUCAGCCAAACUCCCAAACAGACGCCAAACUUCCAGAUCCCCGUCACAUGUGACACAGAUGGUCUGAUCAGCCAGGCGUUGCUGGUGGGAAACUUCGAGGGCGCCGUGGACCUGUGUCUGAACGACGGCCGAUACGCAGAGGCCAUUCUCCUCGCCAUCAGCGGAGGAGAGGAACUGCUGAAGAAGACACAGCACAAGUAUCUGAGCAAACAGAGGAGCAGUGUGUCCAUGCUCAUCUCGUCAGUCGUGACCCAGAACUGGAGAGACAUCGUGGAGAGCUGCGAGCUGGGGAACUGGAAGGAGGCUCUGGCUGCUCUGCUCACCUAUGCACAUCCAGAAGACUUCGCUCACCUCUGUGACACCCUGGGGGCCCGGCUGGAGGCAGAGCAGACAGAGAAGUGCAGUCUUCAGGCCUGUCUCUGCUACAUCUGCUCCGGAAACAUCGAGAAACUGGUGGAAUGUUGGGCCCAGCAUCGAGACUGCUCCUCGCCGCUGGGGCUGGAGGACCUGGUGGAGAAGGUCAUGAUGCUGAGGAAGUCCAUCGAGAGACUGAGAAACAGCGAGGUCUCGGUGCAGAGUCCGAUUCUCGCCGACAAACUCACGCGCUACGCCGGCAUCCUGGCAGCAGAGGGCAGUCUCUCCAUCGCCACGGCCUACCUGCCCGACAGCUCCGAGGAGACCAGUAUCCGGAUGCUGAAGGACCGUCUGUUCCACGCUCAGGGUAACGGUCCUCAGUCCUCCAUGGUCCACAGAGACCAGACCUCAGCAAAACCAGCACCGGCCCCUCAACCUACUGCUCCCAAGGCUCCUACGAUGGGUCAGUACCAGGCGCCGGCUCCACCGCAGCCACAGAUGCCCACGCUGUUCUCCCCUCAGUCUCCUCCCCCCUCUGCCGGCCCAGGUCUGCCCCCUACAGGACCAGGAAUGAACCCCACUGCGCCCAGAGGCAUGAGGCCGUCCUACCCCCCUCCUGCUCCAGGUUUCAUCCCUCAGCCUCCGUUCCAGCCUCAGCCCAUGGUUCCCUCCCCCUCCUUCCACCCUGGUCCCUCCCCCUUACCUCCCUCUUCUCUCUCUGGUCCUCCCUCCUCUCUCUCUGGUCCCAUGCAGCCUCCUGGUCUCCCUCCCACCAGCUUCAUGUCUUCUGGUCCCUUGUCGUCUCCUCCCAGCUCUCAGCCUGGAGCUCCUGUGCCUAUGUACCCGGGGUCCAUGGGAGGGGCCUCUCCUAUGCCAGGGGCCCCUCCCAUGGCAGGAGCUUCUUACACUCCCAUGGGGGCCGGGUAUCCACAGGGCGGGCCUGGAGCUCCGGCCGUGAAGCCCCUGGCACCUCCACCCACAGGUGUGUUUCCGUGGCUGGAAUCCUCUUCUUCAGGGCCCCAGGAGGGAUGGAACGACCCCCCAGCUGUGAGAGGGGGGCCCAGGAAGAAGAAGGUGCCAGAUAACUACAUGCCUCCAGCGCCCAUCACGGCCCCUGUGAUGGGGUACGCAGAGGCCCCUCAGGACCUCCACACCCAGGUGCCUCCAGGGGCCCCACAAGAGCCCAAUGUCCAGCUCCUGCAGCAGUUGCCAGCGGAGCGUGUGGAGCAGAGGGAGAUCCCGGCGGAGCAUCUGGUCCUCAAGUCCUCCUUCGACAGCCUGGUUCAGCGGUGCCAGCUCGCAGCAGCCGACCCGCAAACCAAGAGGAAACUGGACGAUGCGGCCAAACGACUCGGAUCUCUGUACGACAAACUGCGAGAUCAGACGCUCUCGCCUCACAUCCUGAACGGCCUGCACGAGAUCUCGAGAUGCGUGGCCUCUCAGAACCACCAGCGCGGCCUGGAGAUCCACACGCAGAUCGUGGGCAGCAGCAACUUCAGCGAGAUCUCCGGCUUCAUGCCCAUCCUCAAGGUGCUCAUGACCAUCGCCACGCGCCUGGGAGUGUAG